UUCUAUUGCCGUCGACGUCUAGCUGCCUGUAGCUCAUACAAGAAAAAGCAACACAAAUAGAUGAUCAGACGCCAGUGUAAGCUAUUAUGUUCGGCCUUUGACAUUAGAAAGCGUUUUUUCUUGUCUUGCUGUCUUUUCUUCUUUCAAUAACAAAACCAAAAUUAAGUUGGCCUUUUGAUUAGUUUAGUAAUUGCAAAGUGCGAACAAUUUUUAUUAGUGUUGGCUUCAAUAAGUUGUUAAAUUGUUAUUUGAGAGCUAGAGAAGUUAUUUAUCAACAACAGCAUAUUAGCAUAUUGUAAACAUGGAUAUUAUGGACAUUCAAGCUGUCGAAUCUAAGUUGAGUGACGUCACUGUAACCCCAAUACCCAGAUCUCAGGUUCAAAAUUUCUACAACUAUCAACAAAGGGAACAAAGAGAACAACAACCUCAAAUACAAAUCUCAGCUAUACAUCAUACACCCAGGGAUCGUCAUCACAGCGAUCGCGGAGAUUCUUCCACAUCCGGCCAUUCAUCAAGCAGAGAUCUUUAUACGUCCACGUCCAAGAGAGAGCGAGAUUAUCAUCAGCAGCUGAGCAAUGUGGCUGCGGCAGUGGCUGGAGGUGGAACAAGUGCUGCUGUUGCAGCGGCAGCUUUGCAAUAUACACAACAGUUGCAGGCCCAGUUGGCCUUGCUGCAACAACAGGCUAACACCACGGCUUCUCCCUCGAUCACCUUGACUCCAGCUGGCCCAGCUGCCCGUUCGGCAGCACAUUCAAAUAGUAUCAGUCAUAGUAAUCAUCACCAGCAUCACCAUCACAGUUCCAAUAGUAAUAAUAACAACAACAAUAAUAGUGGCACCAGCAGUAGCAUGAAUUUAAAUGGCUCCCACCAGCAUCAGCAGCAACAGCAACAUACCCAAUCUCAACUCAAAUAUCCCCAAUCAUCUUCGCCCGUUGCCUUGUUAGCAGCUCAGUCUUCAUUGAAUCUAAGCUCUGCUAAUUUGCCCAGUAGUAGUGGUGGCGUCGGUGGCCUUAACAAUGGCUUAACCAAAUAUGCGCAACUGUUGGCCAUUAUUGAGGAAAUGGGACGCGAUAUUAGACCAACUUAUACCGGCUCUAGAACUUCCACAGAACGUUUAAAACGUGGCAUUGUACAUGCCAGAAUUUUAGUGCGAGAAUGUUUAAUGGAGACAGAGCGUUCGGCACGUCAAUGAGAAUUACUUACACCGGCUGAGUUGUUACGGCUGAGUAGCGACGACGACCAGGAGCAUGAGCAAAAGCAGCAACAGGAUGUGGAGAGCAUCUCAUUAACAAGUACUACUGAUAAUUGUUUUAAGCAAUAGUCUUUAUAGAUGAUCUUUACGAUUUAAUUUUUCUUUAGACAUUUUUUUUAGAUUUUAGUUUAAAUUUUAGUUAUAUAGACCAAAAGGAAUUGCUAUACACUAAAAAGAGCAAAGGAAUAUUUUUGAUAUUCCUGGAAUUAUUCCAAAAAUAUACUUUAAUUUUAUUCGACACUUUUUUUUCUUAAAUAACGCUACCUUAUGUUCAUGAUUAAGCUUUAGUUUUUGUUUCUCCUUUAGAUUAAGUUAGUUUUAGUUUUUCCUUGCCCCCCAUGGUGGAUGGGUAUAUUAUUUUGAAUUGAUUGUAUGCUUUAUUAAAUGAUUUUAUUUAAACCA